GACUCUUCAGCCUGCCAUUAAUCAGCUCAUUCAUUGUGUACAUCUCACGGGUUCUGUAAGGUGUUUCUUUUCUUGCCCCACCUUUUUUUUUAAAUCUAUUGUCAGACUGAACUUCCUUAAAGAGCGUCACACUGCUGAGAUGCUUUCAAGUGGAAAAACCAGAGCAGUCAUAUCCAUACUGUGCAUCGCAGCCGUUGGGCUGUUCUCUAGAUUUUCAUGGAAUUUAUCUGGAUUUUCCCUCAGCCGUCACAACUCAACUCUUUGUGCCUGUCGCAAAUGUUUACCAGAAACUGAUCCAUGGUUAAGGGAUCUUCUCAAGGCAGCCCCUCCAACCUUUCUGUCACGAAACUAUACACCCUCAGUGGUGGAUUUAAAAUGGCUGCAGAUGUUGUAAAACCCGGCCCUGUCCGCUGCAGGACUUGUGCUGUGGUGGGGAACUCUGGUAAUUUGAUAGGAUCACAGUAUGGACCUCGCAUAGAUAUGCACGAUAUCGUAAUAAGAAUGAACCAUGGCACUACUAAAGGCUACGAAACAGAUGUUGGGACCAAAACAACUCAUCAUGUAAUGUAUCCAGAGAGUGCUGUUAAUUUGGACGACACCACUCAUCUUGUGAUGUUUUCAUUCAAGAUGAGCGAUCUACUGUGGCUCCUCAAGAAAUUCGAUUCAGGGGACGACAGUUCUGUGAAGAGGAUAGCUAACAAGGAUCUGGUGAUGAUCCUCAAUCCAGCUUUCAUGAGAUAUGUUUAUGAAAUGUGGCUGGGAAAGAGGGGCAGCCAUCCAUCCACUGGAUUUCUCACUCUGGUUCUCAGCCUGCAGAUUUGUGAUGAGGUCAGCGUCUUUGGGUUUGGAGCAGAUAGAAAUGGAAACUGGAACCAUUACUUUGAAAUCCUCAGAAACAAAAACUGGAAAACUGGACCUCACGCAGGAAUGCAUGAAUAUAAUAUUAUUCAGCAACUGUACCAGAAGAAGAAAAUUGUUUUCUUUAAAGGAUUUUAAAUGGUCGGGAAGCUGCUGACACCGGGCGAGAGGCAGGGUACGCCAUCACAGGGCAGACACACCACCAUUCACACCUGCUUUCACACCUGUGGGUAACUCAGAGUCAACAGUUAACCUAAGCUGCAUGUUUCUGAAUUGUGGAAGGACGCUGACACGGGGAGAACAUGCAAACUCCACACAGAAGGACCUGAGUCAGUCAGCUCUUUUGACUUUGUGAUGUUUUUAUGUUUGAAGAAAAUAUGAAAAAAUAAGUAAACAAAAAGACUUGUCAUACACAGCAGGUGUGACUGAUAACACUGAUAAUGGCUGUGUUCCAUUUGGGUGUGUCAGUAUGAUGACUCUGGUAUCACGUCCAACAACAUACUGCAUACACAGCUAUUGAGUUACUGCCAUCAGAUACACCUGCGUGUUUGGUUUGUUGCAAUGUCAAGUUUUCAUGAAGAAUACGGUGAAAUUAAAAUCAAGGUUUCCUGACACUGAUGGCGACAUGCCCUGACUGUGUAAACAAUGAAGCCCAUUGGCUGCCAGACCUCUGAUAAUGCACUAAUGGGACCGGUUUUGUUGGUGUAGCAAGGUGUGUGCACAGCGCUUCUUCAUGGGACACUGAAAUACUUUUUUUAGAGAGGGAACGUGACAUCGCUGGCUUCAUCAAGUUAGGGAAAUUAUGCUCUGAAUACAUGCUUUCCUCAGACGUGACAGGACAUCUACAGAAAGUACCAUGCACCUGCAGGAUAGUUGGCACCUGAUGCCUGGUGGUUUUUAAAAGGCAUUUUGCUGUUGCUGCCUACUUUAUAAUGUCUGAUGGACACAUGCAAGGAAUGACAAGACGUUGAGGUGGAGCCAUCAGAUCAUUCCAAGCAUGGUUUCAGUGUGUGCGCAUCCAAGGGGUGGUGUUCUGUAGAUUCCUGUGACAAUGUUGACUUGAAUGUUGAAUAAUUUGGAGACUGUUUGGUGGACGUGGGGAGAGUUAAAUCACAAAGUUAAUUUAUUUAUCCAUGCAGUUAGCAUGAAUGAAGGUUGAAAAUACAAGGAUGAAGUGCUGGGCUGGUUAUUACUGUGAUUGUAUGGGGUUUUUUUCACUUUGUUUGCCACUUCUGCCAAACUGUAGCAGUGCUAAAUCUCAGGCACAGUGUUUUCUGUACAAAUGUAUUUAUGUUUUAUGUUGCCAUCUCCCCU